AUGCUAGUACGUUAUUGUGUGUGUUUACUGUUUUUUUAUUUUAUAAUAAUGGAGUUCAUAAAGAGUGAAAAAGGCAAAGAUAAAUUAAUUUAUAACGGUUAUAUGUAUACUUUUGAAAAAUUUGGAACCGAAGAAAAGUCAAUAUGGAAAUGUGAUCAAUAUAAAAAAAUGAAAUGUAAAGGUCGCAUUCAUUCUCUUAAUAAUGAAAUACUUAAAGAAAUACAACACAAUCAUGUACAAGAUUCUGGAAAUAUUGAAGCUGCCAAAGCCGUUAAUUUGAUCAAAAAUAUGGCUACGCAAAAUGUGGAUUUGAGUACUCGCGCUGUAAUUAGCUCAGCUUCGACAUCUGUAAGUUAA